AUGCAGUGUACGUUUAUUCGAUGUGAAUUUCGCAGAAUUGAACUUGCUUCAUGGAAUAAACAUGUUGUUUGGACGUUGUGUAAUAAUAAUAACACACAGGUAGCUGGCACUGUCCCGGGUGGCGUAUACUCUGAUUUACAAAAAGCCGGUGUAAUAAGUGACAUUCUUUCGGGAUUCAACGAUAUACAGACUCGCUGGGUGGCUUACGAUACUUGGACGUAUACGGGACAUUUUGAAGUUGGACACCAUGAUCUUGAAACUUCGAUAGUAAAUUUGGUAUUUGAAGGUGUGGAUACCGUUGCGUUUGUUGAACUGAAUGAUGUUCCUAUUGGUACCACUCAUAAUAUGUUUGUGAGAUAUGUCUUCGACGUUAAACAGCAUCUUAAGAUCGGAAAAAAUGAAUUGAAAGUAUCAUUUGCUUCACCUGUGGAAGUCGCACGUAAUCGUUCCAAAAAGCAUUUCGCUGCGCCCGAUUGCGUGCCGGAUGUAUACAAUGGGGAGUGCCAUGCAAAUCAAAUAAGAAAGAUGCAGGCUUCGUUUAGCUGGGAUUGGGGUCCAGCAUUUCCAUCCGUCGGCCUAUGGAAGCCUGUUUUUAUAGAACUUUACGAUGGAGCUAUAAUACGUUCCGUGACCACUCAUACAGAACAGAAAGAACAAAACUGGGAGUUAAGAAUCGUUGUGCACGUAGAAUCGGGAACAACAAAAAAGCAUGUCACUGGUUAUCUCAGUGCUUCGUUAACGGUCGAUGGUCCUCAAACAAUAAAGAUAGCAAGAAAAGUCGACGUAGUUACAAGAGAUGAUGGGACCGGUGAAUUAGAACUUAAUAUGACCGUCAGUCUUAAUGACAUCAGUCUUUGGUGGCCUAAUGGGUUUGGUGAUCAGACUCUUUACGAUCUGGAAGUUUCUUUAAAAACUCACGAGAAAGGUGAAGAAAUUUGUCAGAAAUCUGUAAAGAUUGGUUUUCGCACACUAGAAGUCAUUGAAGAGGAUGCUUCGAAUAUUUUAGGAAAUACAACAGCUGGAAAGGGUCUCACAUUUUACUUUAAAAUUAAUGGUUAUCCAAUUUUUAUGAAGGGCUCCAACUGGAUACCCGCAAACAUUUUACCAGAACUUGGGUACGAUAAAUCAACAGUGGAUAGUCUUCUAACAGCUGCAAGUGAAACUCACAUGUCGAUGCUCAGAGUUUGGGGUGGAGGCGUAUACGAGUCUGAGUAUUUCUAUGAGAGGUGCGAUCAGCUGGGCAUUUUGAUCUGGCAAGAUUUUCUGUUUGCGUGCGCUAUGUACCCUGCUGAUCCGGAAUUUCUUGAUAACGUUACGGACGAAAUAGAACAAACCGUGAUUCGACUGCAACACCAUCCAUCAAUUGCACUUUGGUCUGGUAACAACGAGAAUGAGGUGGCCUUGAGAGGCAACUGGUACAACACGCAAGCACAAUUCUCCAAGUAUAAAGAGGAAUAUAUCAAACUGUACGUAGACACCAUUAAACCGAUCGUCGAGAAUUUGGAUCCAAACAGACGCUAUCUCGUUUCAAGCCCGUCUAAUGGCUUAGAAUCAGAGCAAGAGGGGUACAUCGCUCAAAACCCAUAUGACCCUUACUAUGGUGAUACGCAUUAUUAUAAUUACUUGUCCGAUAACUGGGACUUAAAUAUAUACCCGAAUACGCGUUUCGCUUCCGAAUACGGUUUCCAAUCUUUGCCGUCCCUAAAAACGAUGUCUACUGCCACAAAGAACAAAGAAGACUAUAAGUUGGAUAGUGCUUAUUCGAAGCACAGACAGCACAGUCCAAACGGUUACGACUUCAUUAAGGACCAAAUUAACCGACAUUUAAAGUUGGAUGAAAGUGACCCGAAGUACUUCGACAAGUUCGUCUUUUACAGUCAGAUAUCCCAAGCAAUGGCAAUGAAGGCAGAGACGGAGUUUUACCGACAAAGCCAAGCAAACUGGUACACGAUGGGUGCUUUAUACUGGCAGCUGAAUGACGUCUGGCAAGCACCGUCCUGGUCUAGUAUAGAAUACGGUGGAAAAUGGAAAAUGCUGCACUACUACGCUAAAUCAUUCUUUGCGCCGGUUUUAGUAUCGCCUCGUCUGCUCCUCACGGGUGCAGUAGACGUCUACGUCAUCAACGACAGGCUCGUGCCACUUGUCGAUAGCAAAAUAAUAAUAGAGUUUUAUAAUUGGAGCAGCUUAAUACCGUUUAAAUCACAGGAACAUCCAGCUAGUGCGGAAAUGCUUUGUGCGGCAAAGCAGAUGUCAAUAAGCUUGGCGGAAUACAGUAAAGAUGAAAUCUUUUUGAAAUUUUCCUUAGACAUAGAGAACGUGCCAUAUUCACCGCAUAACUUUGUUUUCCCGAGGCCGUUAAAAGAAAUAAAAGGUCUGAAGCAACCACACAUAAAGAUAACCGUGGAAAACAACAGCUUUCAAAAUAGAUUUAAAGGGUUUAGAUACGUUGUGAAUAUAGAAGUAGAUGCCGUGAUUCUCUUCCUCUGGCUUGAAACAAACUCACUGGAUGGACGAUUCUUGGACAAUGGUUUUAUAGUAACUCAACCGCGAACAAAAGUCGACUACAUUAUCCAAAAACACGUGUCCGCGCAAGAAUUAGAAAGAAGUAUCACAUAUCAAUACUACUUAAAUUGA